AUGGCAGAAGUGCUGUACCGCUACAAAACGCACAGUUUAUCGACGCUCAUCGACGUGUACGAAAGCUUGCAGGGCCGUUUACGUGGAUCACAGAGCCACUCGCAAGUGUACGCGCCAUAUGAAGAGCUCAUUCUGCUGCGUCUUUCGUUUCUACACGCGGCGAAGGCCUCUAACGCCGUCCUAAAGCAAGCGAAACGAAUCAAAUGGCCGUGCUCGAUCCGAUUUCCAUUCCACUUCAGCGACGCAGAAGUGAUUUCCAUGCGUGGAUUUUUCCUACAACUCCAGGAGGAGUUGAUGCGAAUCCCCGUUGAACGCAGAAGUAGCUGGCGAGAUUUCCACCCGUUGCACCAGGAGCUGAUGGAGCUAGUGGCGAGGUCUGCGCCGCCUGGUGAAGUGUCUGGUAGCGGCGGCCGAAUGCUGAACAGUGUGCGGUAUCGCACCGAGAACUUGCGGGGACUUCGCGUAUUUGGGAAAACGACUCCGACCAGAACUCCACCAACGUGGACGAACCUGUCUCCUAGCUGGGAAGAAGACAUGGAGAUCCCGGUCUCGUCGGCCAGGGCGAUCCUUACCGUCAGUGUGAUGAACAGAACGCGACGGAACUCUCGGUGGCAAGAUGCUGACACGAUUGGAUACGUC